AUGCCACCUGACAAGCUCCUAGAUGACGAGGCUGAACCAGAUACCAUCCCGAACACCAUACGGCCACAGUACUUGCACGCCAUCACUGAGUUAACCACGUGCAUUUUCGAAAAGUGUAUAUUUAUUGGUGAAGUAUCUAACUGCAUCAAAACCGACAGAUCGGGCCAUCGCACUGUGUCUACUCUGGUGCAAGCUUGCGGUUGCUCACCGCCCAAAACACUUGCACGUGAUCGAUCCCAUGACUGA